UCACUGGCUCUCUAUCUCUCCCUUCUCCCUCUAGAAAAAGAUCAAAAUUCAAAACGAACAUAUAUAAAUAAGAAGUAGCUGCAGAAAUAUAAUGGUCCAGAAAGAAAGCAUGGGUGAGUCCUCUGAUCUGAAGCUUCUUGGUACAAAAGAAAGCAUGUUCACCUACAGAGUUAUAUGGGCACUGAAAUUGAAAGGCAUUGAAUAUGAAUUUGUGGAAGAAGAUCUGUUCAACAAGAGCCCAUUGCUUCUGCAAUCAAAUCCAAUCUACAAGAAGGUUCCUGUGCUCAUCCAUGGUGGGAAACCCGUCUCCGAAUCACUUGUCAUUCUUGACUACAUAGACGACACGUGGAAACACAAUCCUAUCUUGCCCAAACAUCCUCAACAAAGAGCUUAUGCACAUUUCUGGGCUAAAUUUGUAGAUGAAAAGUUCUAUGAAGCUGCAAUCAAGGCAUUUUUUUCAGGGGGAGAAGAUCGAGCAAAGGGAGUUGAAUCGAUAGAGGAGGCAUUGCGAUUUCUCGAUGGAGAGAUAGCUGGGAAGAAGUUCUUCGGAGGAGAAGAUAGCAUAGGGUUUCUUGAUAUCGUGGUUGGAUGGAUUGCAUACUGGUUCCAAUUUGUGGAGGAAGUAGGUGGUUUCAAGGUAAUGAACUCAGUGAAAUUUCCGGCAUUUGAUGCAUGGAUCAAGAACUUUCUAGAAGUUCCUGUUAUCAAGGAGAAUCUUCCAUUGCGCGAAGAUCUGUACCGCGUUUUCCAAGGGUUCAAACAGAUGGGGCUUGCCACAGCAGAUCCCAGAGGAUAGAGAACAGCCAGACUUUUACUUUGUGUGGCUUUUCUGAUUGAUCCUAUAAUGCAGUGUGUUUUAACAAUAGGUAUGCAGAAUAUUGUUAUAUUAAGCAAUUAUGGAAGGCAUGUUUAAUUUUCA